AUGUUCAAAAUCAUCAUCCUGUCCGUCGUUUGCCUGGCUGUUGCUGCCUCGGCGCACUAUUGGGGUGGAGCUGGUUACGGAUACGGUGUGGAUCAUCAUGACCAUCAGGAUUACUAUUCGCAUCCGAGCUACAAGUUCGAGUAUGGCGUGAAAGACCCCCAUACCGGAGACCACAAGAGCCAGUGGGAACAUCGGGAUGGAGACGUCGUUAAGGGAGCCUACACCCUCCACGAAGCUGAUGGAACCGAGCGAGUGGUCGAGUACUCCUCGGACAAGCACAACGGAUUCCAGGCUCAUGUGAAGCGAGUCGGACAUGCCCACCAUCCGGAAGUGUAUGGACACCACGGUGGUCACUAUGGUGGAUAUCAGGGAGGCCACUAUGGUCAUCAUGGCGCUGGCUACAGCUACAGCAAGCUGGAUCAUGCGUACGUCGCCGGUAAUGGAUACAAAAUACUCACCAAACAUUCGUCGCAGUAUUUCGGCAACGGGGCGAACGCCAUCGACUCGUACCAAUCGUCGGGUAUCGGGUCCGGUUACAGCGAGGCCGGUCUGAUCGGCUACAAGUCAUCGCAGGAUGCGCAGGCGUACCCAGAAAAUGGAUACGACCACAGUGACUACUAUACGUACCCGAAGUACAAGUACGACUACGGAGUACAGGAUGCGCACACCGGGGACCACAAGAGCCAGUGGGAGAUCCGUGAUGGCGACGUGGUGAAGGGUGGCUACACGCUGUACGAUGCCGAUGGUACGAAGCGGGUGGUGGAGUACUCCUCGGACAAGCACAACGGAUUCCAGGCGCACGUGAAGCGCGUAGGACACGCGCACCACCCGCAGGUGUACAAGACGGAGCACGGAAUCUCCGGUGGAGGCUAUGAGGAAGCGGCCGGAUAUAGCUACAGCAACAUCAAUCAACAUUUGUGA